AAGCAGCGCCACAAGUGGCGCUUUCACCAACUAAACAGACUUGUUGACAAUUUUAGGUUAUAUUAAAUUAUUUACAAAAAAUGUAAACAAAAAAUGUGUCGUUUUUUUAAACGCGCGUCAUUUCUAAUUGGUAUUUUUCUCGGUGUUUUUGUUGCUGUGAUACUUAGGAUCAAUCAAAUCCCGAAAUCGGGGCCCCCAGAACCAAGAGUCUUUGACUUGACAAAAUACCAGAAAUGGUUUGAAAGAACAAAAUUAGGCCGUCGACCGAUCUCAUUUGAUGUUUUACGAUACAGCAAUAAGUCAUUCCACUUGGAAUCACAAUAUCUUCAUGAGAGGAUUUCAGUUUUGUGUGUAAUUUUAGUGAAAACCCCUAAAAAUGCAGAUGCCGUCAGGGCGACAUGGGGGCGCAGUUGCAAUCAACUACAAUUUUUAAACUUAACAACGGAACGUAAAAAAAUUCCAACUAUUAAGAAAAAUGGACAGGAGUCAUCUUGGGCCUUACUUUGUGAAUUGUUAAAAACACUACCUGAAGAAUUUAAGUGGAUUUUAGUCGUUUACGAUUACACUUUUGUGUUGGUGGAAAAUUUGAGAUUAUUUUUAAGUGGGCUUGACCCCCAGGAUAAAUAUUAUUUGGGCCACGCUGUACAAUUUUGGAGCACUGAGUAUAAUAUGGGCCAAGCUGGGUAUGUCCUAAGUCGAGGAACUGUCCAUAGCUUUAAACAAAAAUUCAGUGAUAAAAAUUCUUGCACACAAGUUCGAACAUAUAGAAAUCAAGAAGACUAUUAUUUAGGUAAAAGUCUUUUAUCACUUAAUAUAACCCCAGUUGAUACUAGGGACUCAAAUGGGUUAUCAACGUUUCACCCAUAUAAUCUCCAUCAUGUCUUUUUCCCGGAGAGAAAUCAAAAAUUGAGUGUUUUUCCGCAUCGGUGUUGCAGCCCACAUACUGUGGCUUUUCAAUCAAUUGAAGGUGACAAGAUGUACACUUAUUACUACAUAUUAUACACGCUUCAAUUGUUUCAUUAUGGCGAGUUUGGGAACAAGGCGCCCCUCAAAACAAUAGAAGACGACCAGAUUUGGAAAAGCUUCCUGAGGGACCGCGACAUCUCGGAGAACAUCUCCCCCGAUCAGUAUUACAAAAUCUGGGAAAACAUCGUCGACGACCCCACUUCCUUUGCUAAACACAUGAAACGCGAAGAGUAUUUCGAUUAUAACUGAGGUUGUGAUAAUCCGUCCAAUUAUAUUUUUGUAUUUUUUGAAUAAAAGAUUUUAAACAUU